UUUUAAAAAAGCCAAAUACAAAACCAAACACACUCAUAGAUAACUUAGAUGGUCUAAAAAAAACUUUAAAAAAACAAAACUUGAUGUCCAUGAACAAGUGUUAAAAAUGGAAAAGUAAGAUUGCAUAUCAAAAACUAUUUCUAGAUGAAACAAAAUUUCUCAAACUCAACACAAUAACAUAUAACAAUAACAAUAAUAACAUGAAUCAAUUCACGCAGUAGAAUCUCCUCAUCCCUCUCUCCCACUCUCUCCCACUCUCUUCUCUUCACUUUAGUAUGAUUGGAAUCUUCACCGCCACGUGUCACUCCAUCUUUUCACGCGCCACUCGCGCGUGAACAUCUACCCUGCACUUUCUCUCACUACCUAUUUUUCUCUAUUUUAAUUAAAUUUUCUCUCUCUAUCUUUCUCUAUAUAUCAACAAGAGGCAAGAUAAAAGAGAACGACUUGGGUUUUUGUUUUUAGUUUUCAUUUCUCAUUUUUCAUUUUUUAUUUUUUCUCGUAAAACUUUUCUUCUUUCUCUGCCUCCGUCGACCCUUCACCCACAGUGUUCUUCAAUUCAACCCUCGUUCGUAACCAUGAAACUUCUUCUUUCUUAACGAAACCAGCUUCAUGUGGGUCUCAUCAGGUUCUUCUUCUGCUUCUAUGGAGGUGAAUGCAGUUCAAGUUAAUAACAACCUAGCGAAUGGUAUCGAUGAGCAACGAGAUGAACAAUCACUUUCUCCAGAAAGGUCCAAUGCUUAUAAUGUUUUCGGUGAUCCGGAUCCGGAAUUGUCUCCUCGGGUGGGUGAGGAUUACCAGGUUGAAAUUCCUGCUUUAAUUUCAAAAUCCGAGUAUUGUUUGUUUCGUAGGAACGCUGACGAGGCAGAAAGUACUAUUCGUAACUUUCAAGUAGGAUUACCUAUUCCAAUUAUUUGGAUAAAGGAUGGAGCAGAGAAGAGCAAUGCCGAUCCACCGAAAAACGAAUGCAAGUUGAAUCCUAAACUUGAGGCCAUUGGCGGUACAUUGUUCAAUAGAAAGAAUUCUGAUAUGCAGCAAGAAACAAAGAUUGGGAUGCAUGAGGAGUGUAGACAUAACGGGCAGAUUCUGGUUCCCGGUUCUCGAAGUGACAACUGGACUGACGUCGAAGAAGCCGGUUUCGUCCUUGGUUUGUAUAUAUUUGGGAAGAACCUCGUUCAAGUGAAAAGAUUUAUCGGCAAUAAGAAGAUGGAGGAUAUACUGUCAUUCUAUUAUGGGAAAUUUUAUAAGUCUGACAAAUAUCAGAGAUGGGAUGGAUGUAGGAAAAUGAAAAGCAGGAAACGCGUUUUCGGGCAAAGAAUUUUCACUGGACAAAGGCAACAUGAGCUUUUAUCACGUCUCUUACCGAAUGUAUCACAGGAAUGUCAAAAGAAAUUACUUGAGGCGUCGAAGACAUUUGUAGAGGGAAAAAUGCUUUUAGAAGAAUAUGUUUUAACUCUAAAAGCUUCGGUUGGGAUGAAAGCACUUGUUGAGGGAGUAGGAAUUGGGAAAGGGAAACAAGAUCUUACCGGUGUCUCUAUUGAUUCUGUAAGGUCCACUCAAGUCGUUCCGUUUCGUGCAGAAAUACCGGUUGGUAAAGCAUGUUCAAUGCUUUCAACUUCAGAGAUAAUAAGUUAUCUAACAGGUGACUUCAGAUUAAGUAAAGCGCGAACAAGCGAUCUCUUUUGGGAAGCUGUUUGGCCUCGUUUACUUGCCAGAGGUUGGCACUCGGAGCAGCCUAGAUGUUAUAACUAUUCGGUUACUUCUAAGAAUCCUCUGGUCUACCUUGUCCCCGGAGUUAAAAAGUUUUCAAGGAAGCUCGUUAAAGGGAAUCACUAUUUCGAUUCUCUAUCUGAUGUUCUCAACAAAGUUGCGUCCGAUCCUGAGCUAAUUGAUCUUGAGAAAAAUACGGAUAAUGACUGCACAAGCAAGGAAGGAAACGGGUGGACGAAAGAUACAAACCUGGACAGUGAAGAUUCCCCGUCUGAUCAGCCGCGUCAUUGCUAUCUCAAGGUAAAAACUCCAAACAACAGCGCAGAUGUAAUUAAAUUCACUGUUGUGGAUACAAGUUUGGCGAAUGAAAAGACGAGAAAUGUGAAAGAACUGAAAAGCCUACCAUUUGGAGUUUUUGCAGCUUCUAGUUUGGAAAUUGAUUCGAACGAUGAAAAUACUUCAGAAGAGGAGAAACCAAAUGAAUCCGAGUCUGUAAAAGGCACAUACUUUGAUAGCAGGAAGAAUGAUAUUACUAAAGCCGGUAAACUUAACAUUGUUAAGGGUGAAUCUUCAGACUUGAGUGGUUUUGAAAGCAAGCCUUCGAAAGAGAAGAUUCCGAGAAGCAACAUGGUCUGCGCUAGUAUAUCAGCUGCCUCGAUAGACCAGAAGACGGACUUCUUGGAUAACAAAAAGAGAAAAGACGGUGUGAAGUGUCAACCACUCCCGAGAAUGGUAUCUGAUAACAUAAUUGAUCUGGUCCCUGUUACAAAAAAGAGAAGGAGAUUAACUGCAUGUAGCCGUGCAAAGACAAACGGAAGCACGACUAGUUUCUUUGCGGUUCCUCCGAGAGUUAAACAAGAGGAGGCAAGUUUCUGUCGGGAUCAAGACAGCUCAAAAUACAGCGAGAAUGUAACUGCUGAUUUUUUGGCUCCUAGAGUAAAACAAGAGAAGUGUCCUUACAAUCCAAAAUCUAGUGAUCGUGCUCAUUCAUCUGCGGAGAAGUUAAUUCCACCCCAGGAGGUUAACUAUUUAGCACGUUUUCCAACUCAGGAGACAAAAAAGUUAGCAGAACCUCUGCCAAAUCUUGGCUCAUUCAUCUGCAGAGAAAGUGUUCCUGGUACGAGCUCUUCCGGCACAAGAGAACAACAUCAGAAACCUCAGCCGCGGACUAUGAUUGACCUUAACUUACCUGUUUCACCGGAAGUUGAUGCUGAUGAACCUUUUGUGAAUGAAGUGACUGAGAUACAGAACACUGAUACAAGCAAGGAAUCAGGCGAGGCCAGUGCAGGGACAAACAUCGAACCGGUUGAUCAGUCAGAGCAGCAGCCUGACGUGCAAGCCCGGAGAACAGGCACAAGAAACCGACCCCCGACAGCAAAAGUUCUGGAAGCUUUUGCCUUUGGAUAUCUAGACAAAAAGGAAAAGCGUGUCAGAAGUAGGGACAGCUCAGGAUCAAACGCUUCACGACGCGUGCGUCAUAAAGCGGAAGGCUCUAGUAGCAGUGCUGUUGCAGAUACUGAAAAAGAGGGAAGAGUGAAUUUCACCAGCAACGGUAAUGGUAGCGCUGGCAGUAACGGCGAUGUGUUAUAUACAGGUUUCAAACAUUGAUGUCUGAUAAUGGGAGAUUGAAUUUGUUUCUGUCUCAAUACUUAGAGAUAGCAACAUGUGAUCUUUCGUUCAUUGAAAUAGUACAGUACAUUAUACAUAGUUUGAUGUUAGAUACAAUCUUCGGAUUCGAAGGAAGGUUUAUAGCUUAUAAUGUCUUAGAGUCUUUCUCUCAGCUGUGCACAUUACAGCAUAUGUGAAGUUGAAUUUUUAUGAUUUUUCCAUUUCAUAGUUGUAAUGCCAAAAUCAGUCUCAUACAAGGUGUCAAAGACUUACAAAUUGUGAAUGAUGCAAGUAAAGGAAAAUGGAGCAGUGCUUUCAUUCUAAAA